CAUCGCCCGUUGCCAGCUACGUCGCUGAACGGAUUCGUUAGCUGGCGGCUCCGUCGCUUGGGCGGCUCCGCUGUAGCCCAUAAUCGGCCCCAGCGGUCGCGGGGCGGCUCCGUCGAUGUGGUCGCGCUCGGCUCGAGUCAUCGCCCGCUGGCGGCUCCGUCGCUGGCGGCUCCGUCGCUGGCGGCUCCGUCGCUGGCGGCUCCGUCGCUGGCGGCUCCGUCGCUGGCGGCUCCGUCGCUGGCGGCUCCGUCGCUGGCGGCUCCGUCGCUGGCGGCUCCGUCGCUGGCGGCUCCGUCGCUGGCGGCUCCGUCGCUGGCGGCUCCGUCGCUGGCGGCUCCGUCGCUGGCGGCUCCGUCGCUGGCGGCUCCGUCGCUGGCGGCUCCGUCGCUGGCGGCUCCGUCGCUGGCGGCUCCGUCGCUGGCGGCUCCGUCGCUGGCGGCUCCGUCGCUGGCGGCUCCGUCGCUGGCGGCUCCGUCGCUGGCGGCUCCGUCGCUGGCGGCUCCGUCGCUGGCGGCUCCAAUAACCUCUCCAAGUAGGUUCUACGUGGGCCCAAAACCGUCGAGCUGCAGACCGUCCGAGGGCACGAUGGAUGACGCGAACAUCCUUCGACAUGGGGCAUCCGCCGAGGUGAUCGACUGCACAAUGGGGCCUGGGCGAACAACGGAG